UUUAUAUCGCUGUGAUUGGACAAAGAGGAGACGCCCCUGCUGAAACGUCAUCACGUCGCGGCGACCCUUGCAGCACGGCAACAUGGCGGCCUACAGCAUCGUUCCAGCCUUCAAGAGACUCUUGUCUGCUGUAAAGCAUGCUCCAUUACAGACUAGAUGCUGCACAGUGGCCUGCAAAGCACAAUACUCGACCAUCUGUGAUCCCAAUGAAAAGACGUUUGAUAAGAUCCUGAUUGCCAACAGAGGAGAGAUCGCCUGCAGGGUGAUCAAGACAUGUAGGAAGAUGGGCAUCCAGACUGUAGCAGUUCACAGCGACGUAGAUUCCAGUGCUGUCCACGUAAAGAUGGCUGAUGAGGCCGUAUGUGUUGGCCCUGCUCCCACCGGUAAGAGCUAUCUCAACAUGGAUGCCAUUAUGGAUGCCAUCAGAUCAACGGGAGCACAGGCUGUUCAUCCUGGCUAUGGAUUUCUGUCUGAAAACAAAGAGUUUGCCCAACGACUGGCAGCGGAGGGAGUGAUGUUCGUUGGUCCAGACACCCAUGCUAUCCAGGCAAUGGGAGAUAAGAUCCAGAGCAAACUAAUUGCUAAAGCUGCCGGGGUCAACACUAUACCAGGAUUCGACGGAGUCGUCAAGACUGCUGAGGAAGCUGUGAAGAUUGCACAGGAUAUUGGUUACCCGGUGAUGAUCAAAGCGUCUGCAGGAGGAGGAGGGAAAGGAAUGAGGAUUGCCUGGAAUGAUGAGGAGACAAGGGAGGGUUUUCGAUUCUCAUCCCAGGAAGCUGCAUCCAGCUUUGGAGAUGACAGGCUGCUCAUUGAGAAGUUCAUAGACAAUCCUAGACACAUAGAAAUACAGGUGCUAGCAGAUAAGCAUGGCAGUGCUCUGUGGCUGAAUGAAAGAGAGUGCUCUAUACAGAGGAGGAACCAGAAGGUGGUGGAAGAAGCUCCAAGCACAUUCCUUGAUCCAGCUACACGACGGGCUAUGGGUGAACAAGCAGUACAGCUAGCUAAGGCUGUUCAGUAUUCUUCUGCUGGCACCGUGGAGUUCCUGGUCGACUCCCAGAAAAACUUUUACUUCCUGGAGAUGAACACACGCCUACAGGUGGAACAUCCAAUCACAGAGUGUAUUACUGGACUGGACCUAGUGCAGCAGAUGAUCCGGAUUGCCAAGGGUUACCCACUACAGCACAAACAGGAAGACAUCCCCAUCAAUGGCUGGGCCAUUGAGAGCCGUGUUUAUGCUGAGGACCCCUACAAGUCCUUUGGUCUCCCCUCCAUUGGACGGCUGUCACAAUACCAGGAGCCACUUAACCUCAGCAAUGUACGUGUGGACAGUGGCAUCCAGGAAGGAAGUGACAUCAGCAUCUACUAUGAUCCUAUGAUCUCCAAAUUGGUUACCUAUGGCGCUACCCGAGCCGAAGCCCUUGCCAAGAUGGAGGAUGCCCUGGAUAAUUAUGUUAUCAGAGGUGUGACCCACAACAUCCCUUUGCUGAGGGAGAUCAUCACCCACCCCCGUUUCAUCUCUGGGGACAUCACCACAAAUUUCCUGCCCGAGGUUUACCCCAGUGGCUUCCAUGGUCAUCAGCUGGCAACGGACAGCCGCAGGGAGCUGUUGGCCUCGGCGGCAGCACUCUACAUUGCUGCUCAGCUUCGCUCCCAGAGGUUCCUGUGCAAUCUGAGAGUGUCCACCAUCCCUCAGGAGCGUGGCAAGUGGGAGUUGUGUGUGGAGCUGGGAAAAGACCGUCACAAUGUAGAGGUUACUAGAUCAGGAAAUACCUACACUGUGGAGGUGGAUGCAGGGAGGGUAGAAGUCAGCGGAGAGUGGAACCUGGCCUCUCCUUUGUUGCCACUCACCAUCAACGGCACACACAGGAUGCUGCAGUGUCUGUCCAGAGAAGCUUCAGGAGAGAUCACUGUGCAGUACCUGGGCACAUCGUUUAAGGUUCGUGUUCUGUCCAAGUUGGCUGCAGAGCUGGAUUCCUACAUGCCAGAGAAAAUUCCAGAAGACACCAGUAGCAUCUUAAGGUCGCCGAUGCCCGGCACAGUGGUGGCUGUGGCUGUCAAGGCUGGUGAUACGGUUGCAGAGGGUCAGGAGAUUUGUGUUAUUGAAGCCAUGAAGAUGCAGAACAGCAUGACUGCUGCCAAGACAGCCAAGGUGAAGAGUGUCCACUGUAAGCCAGGAGAGACGGUAGGAGAGGGUGACCUGCUGGUAGAACUGGAAUAAAACACAACCCUUUACCUUUGACCUCUAACAUCCCCACCACAAAGUCCAGCCUUAUUUUCCUCUUCCUGUCCAAAGAGGAAAUUCCACAUCGGCAAACAGACAGGACAAUGAGAAAUGUUUGUAGAUGAGAAGACGCAUUCCGGUGUUUCUCUCUUUGGUCGGGGGAGGGGGCUGUGGUGUAAAUUAGAUUUGUUUGAUUUUCAACUUCCAUACCUGUGUAAGCACUACUCUGCUCUGACCUUGUAUGUAUAUUGAUGGCUGAAGUGAUUGGUGCUAAAAUAAACUUGCACAUCAAAAACCUUGCCAACAGUUUUAUCUUGUAUCCAGCAUUAAAUUUGUUUAAAAACUUCUGUCUUUUUGUUUCAAGAUGUAACUCUGGUUUCAUUGCCGUUUUUGAAAGAAAUAACGUUAACAUCAAUUAUAAGUGAAAAUUGUUAAAUUGGAAAAAAAAUCAUCUUCCAGUGCAGUGACAUAAUUUGCUUAAAAAUAUUAUCAUCUUGACCUGAUCUUGAAGUCUUGAUACAAGAUAAAUCCCUUGCCAAGCUGGUUAUAUUUUGGAAUAUAUCUUUCAUUUCAAUCCUUAAGGCUGACCAGUGGAAUAGUGACAGUUGGUGCCACAGCCUCCUGGUUCAGUGAUGGGUUAAUACUGUGUUUAUGCCAUAUCGCUUGCCUUGAUGACUUGAGCAUUCAAGAAUUCAUUUGAAUUAUUACAUCUAUCGAAACAUUGGCAGGGUAACAGCAGACACUAAAAGCAAUGCCAGCCUGUAGUAUGAAUGAAGAAAGAAAUGUGGAAAAAAUGUAAAGAAGCUUAUAUACACCAUCUAGAGACCUAUAAGACUUACUGACAAUACUCCCAUGAUGAAUGCCAUGCUUGUCAAAAUCUUCUGUUGGUAACAUUGUGUGGCAAAAUGGGAGAAAUCGUGCAGAAGUAGCAUAUCAGAGUUCCCAAGUUGUAAAUACGAGUCCAGGGAAGAGUUUUUGUUUCCCAGUUAGAAAGUAUGUAUUUAAGGUUUUAAUGAUAUGGCAUGAACACAGUAUAAGAAUCUGGUAUGGAUUGGUAAUCUAUGAUUGGCUGAGAGUUCAGUGUCAGUAUUGAGCUGGCUUGCUGAAUGACUGUUAGCCAGAGUAAGGCUCCAGCUGUGCCUUGUGCCUCAGUGGAGGAUUUCACUUGCAUUUAUUUUGGUAUUAAAUAGUACAGGUAAAGGACUUAUAUUUGCUUAUAAUUCACCAAGGAAUGUGUAAAGAAGGAAUAGGCAAUAAGCAUAGCAACAGUGUUCCAAACUUGCGCUGAUGCCAGACUUGGGUGCCACUAAUAUUAAGACAGGCUUAAAAUCCCACUAGAAAGCACUAUACCUCUGCCAUUUGAACUUUGACAUGAGAUUCAACUAUGUACCAAAACACAUUUUACAUAAUGCGGACUAGUGUUUUUUGUCCUAUGUGCGCAUUUGUGAUUACAGUCCCAAAAGCUUAGCAUGAAGCUCAGCUCUAGCUAAAGAAUGCUAAUUUUAGCUUUUUAAAAUACCAAAUAUGAGUUAACAAUAAACAGAUUACUCAUAAUUCCAACACCUGAGCUGGGCCCUAAGAUGUUAAAGAAGGCAUAAAUUAAAUAAGAGGUGGCAAACCAUUCAAAACAAUGACAGCUGCUCUGAAUUUUCCAUACUCAGCGCCUAGAGCUCACAUGUUACUCAAUGCAUUGUCUGUCCCUUCUUUAUAUGUUCCUUGAGUUACACCACAAAGUUGUCUUUGUUCAGAAUUUGAAGCCUGCUAAGUUCAAGGGCCAUUGCCAUUUUGGAUACUUCUCACCCUGCACUGUGAGGGCAUUGCCAGAGAAUUUGUCAAUUGCAUCUUGCACAUUUCCAAUCACAUCAAGCCCUCAAGAAUUAGAGCCAUUCCAGACCUCGGGAAUCACCACAUAAUUCAGAAAAGUGGGCGUGGCAAUGCAUGAGGGCUCUAUCUGGAUGCUGGUGCAUGUAUCUAGCCCAGAAAUGGGAUCCAUAAUAAUGCUGUUUAAAAUCACUGGAAUGGGUGCAGUUAACAUCUGUUACAUAGAUGAGACUCAUUUUGAGUGAGUUUGUGAUUGGGAGGGGAGCAGUCUUCAUUGCAACUUUAACUGUCAUAACCAUCACUGUCUGACCAAUAGACUGGGAAAAGAACAGAUUUCAUGUCAGCCUCUGAUAUUUGAACUGCCACUUCACCUAAAUUUUGCUUAGUUUUCUAAUGUUUUGACCAUUCUCCAGAGGUAGCCAGAGAAGUUCUCCCCUGUUGUGACUUAAUGAUGUAUUGGGCAUGUUGACUGUCCACACUUCCACCAUCAUGGUACUGGAUUAGAAUGCAACUGACUUCCAAACAGUGUGUGAUUUGUUUUGUGUUUUCCAGACAUUAAUGUUGUUUUGUGUUAGUAUCAGUGGUACAACAUGGAAUUGUUCUUCUUCUGUUCCCUAUAUUCCUGAUCAAACUGCUAUGUCACCAUGUCAAGAAUGACAGAUAAGAUGCAACAAACUGAAAGGUCUACUGAUGGACAGGAAGCUGUAAGAGGAUAUGUGAUGUUGGCAAUUGUAAAGAGUUUCAUUCUUCUCUCUGUCACAAAGUGAACCCAGCGUUUUGUUCUGUGAGGGAAAUAAAAUGUUUUUUUUACACACCUACAUCCACACUCAACCUCUUCAAGGACCAGAUUCAUAAUGACCUGCUCUACAAACAAUAAUAAAUUAUUUAUUUUUUGAUGUUUUGGUA